AUGAACCAUUCACAAGGCCCAAUCGGCAAGCUCGCCCAAGGUGUCGUCACUAGCAUUGGCUUCGCCUCCGAAGUGCGAGGAUACAAAAAAGCGAAGAAGGCAGCUAAACUGGAGAACGAGAGCGAACUGCAGGGGCAGUCCCAGAUUGAAGAGCAACCAAAUAUUGCAUCCCCUGCUCGGUCUCCAUCGUCACACUCAAAUCCUCACGAAGCGGAGAGGCAAGCCGAUAUCGAUAUAGAGGAACCUCCUGCCUAUGAGGAGAUUGAGCGCUCAUGGGAGCUAGACGAAGCACAGGAUAUAGUGAUAGAGGCGAAGAAGCCUCGCAAAAGCAAAGACGGAGUCGCCAAUCCCGACAAAGUCAUUGCUGCAUUCCUCCAACGACACCCUCCUCACAGCCCAGUAUCGCCAUCACAGCAGCCAAGUUCUGGAUCCAGACUUGAAUACCCCGUUGCAAUCCCCCAGCGACGGCCAAAAGAUAAGAAACGGGGCUUCAUCCGCGCAUAUGCACCGGACUUGCAAAGCGUGGGCAUUGACCAGGAGGCCUGGUUUGAUUUUAUCGAAACACUCAAUGAAGCGAGUCUUGCCAAUCCGUGGAUCAAUGCUCUUAAUCUGGCGUCUCUUGCGGCGUCCCCGUUGCCUUCUGCAAUUUCUAUGGCUGUUUCAACAGCCAUUAUGGUUGCUACUACCAUUGCUAUCGAGACGCAGGGUCGAUAUCGACAAAACAAAGCCCUUGAUAAACUCAACGAUGAAUUCUUUCGUCCACGCGGGCUGUUCUGCCUUGUAAUGACAUGGGACAGCACAUCACUUGAUUCUCGCACAAACGCCAAUGUCAACACUACCAUUCAAAACACGAUCGAUAGCCAGGGCAGGAUGUCUCACAAAUUCCAGUCCUCCAACGGAGUCACCAAUGGAAUGGAGUCUAUACAGACCGCACAGCUCAUCUUCCCAGGCCUAGACCUUCUCGCAACUGUAUCAAAAGACGAAGAGAAAGGCCUCAAGAAAAAGAUGCAGCGCGGAAAACGUUUCGUUGAUGAUUAUAUGGAUCGAAGGGCACAAGCCAAAUUCUUCGCCGAAAACCCAACCAGCCAUCUCAAUCAAGCCGGAAAACCAACAUUCCAAUCCAAGUACGCUGAUCCAACGUACCAACUCGGAGGCGGAUUUCAAUCCCAGACCCAAACCCGUGGCUACUACUCGAGGAGAGAUAUGCGAAGGGAAAGGGGGGGAGGGUUCGGCGGACCUCUCGGACUAAUCGGCAUGGCUGUGCAGACAAUUGCAGAUCGAGGGCAGCAGACUACAACCGGAAACCGCUGUGUUUCUGUUUCCCAUGCUCGUUAUGGGUCUGGUUCUGAUUGUUACGAGAGUGACAGAGACAUGUACAGACAGGACCAGCAAUCGCCGUAUCCUCAGCAAAAUGGUGUUAGAGCCGGUAGGGGACUGAAGAAUAAGCUCUUCAAAUCGAAAGUCUUAUACUUGAUGGUUGUUAAUAUGCCUACGGCUGAAGAGAUGGCUGAAGCACGGCACUUGACGGCCGAUUGGGAUGUUCGAACUGAGCAGCAUCGAUUCUAG